AUGGCAUUUGACGGUUACAGUAACAACAGCCAAAAUCGCAACACAAAUGGCUCCUUUCCAACACCAAAUCUUGAGACGGUCCAAUGUCCAUUAGGAUCACCUAGUGCCGCUAGCGACGAAUUAGACCCCAUUUAUGUCGGAUUCCUUCGUGUGAUAGGAGGGGGUAUCUCGCCGACCGAGUCCGGCCCAACUUGGUUCCCUGAAGGCUACUGGGAACAAGGGGUUGCAGGACCUAGUCAACCCAGUAUGCUCCCCGCCGUAAACUCACCGAACAGCGUACCCCCACCAACUCAAGUCGAAGUGAGCAAGCGAUUGCAAAAGAUAGGUCAGGACUGGGCCUGUCAACAAUGCGGCGCGAUGUUCAAGAGAAAAGAUCGGGCAGUCGCGCACGUCCAUCAGCAUCUAGGGUUGUACAAAUUUCCUUGUAACGGCCAAUGUGGAAAUGAAUCCUGGUAUGUAGCGACUUGA